AUGCUCCAGAAAUUUUUGGAAAUCGAGAACGAACCAAAUACAAUAGAAAAGAGACUAUCAAAAGAAGAGGAAUAUUGUGAAAUUUUUUAUGAAAGUACAACUAUAAGAGAUGAAGAAGGAAGAUGCGUGGUUAAACUAUCAUUUAUGACUGGAAAUCCACAGUUUAGGCAAGGAAAUCUUAAAGAAAUUGCUGCUAAGAGGUUUGAAAUAUUAGAAAAAAAAUUUAUCACGAAACCAGAAACUAAAAGAAGAAUACCAUAA